AUACCUGUUUAUUUCACUGAUCUCCAGAGGAGGGCUGUGAUUGAUGCAGCCACCAUUGCUGGUUUACACCCUCUUCGUCUUAUUCAUGAGACUACCGCUACUGCUUUGGCUUAUGGUAUUUAUAAGACCGAUCUACCAGAAAAUGAACCAAUGAAUGUCGCUUUCGUUGAUGCGGGGCAUGCCAGUAUGCAAGUUUGUAUUGCUGCAUUCAAGAAAGGCCAGCUUAAAAUUUUGGCUCACUCGUUUGAUCGUUCCUUGGGUGGAAGAGAUUUUGAUGAAGCUCUUUUCCAGCAUUUUGCUGCAAAAUUCAAGGAUGAAUAUAAGAUUGAUGUUUAUCAGAAUGCAAAGGCUUGUCUAAGGCUUCGUGCAGGUUGUGAAAAAUUGAAGAAGGUUCUUAGUGCUAACCCUGAAGCACCUCUCAGCAUUGAAUGCUUGAUGGAUGAUAAAGAUGUAAGAGGAUAUAUUAAGAGAGAUGAGUUUGAGCAAAUUAGUAUCCCAAUUUUAGAGCGUGUGAAGAAGCCGCUGGAGAAGGCUCUAGCAGAUGCUGGACUGAUUAUUGAGAAUAUACAUUCAGUUGAAGUUGUGGGAUCAGGCUCUCGAGUCCCAGCUAUGAUUAAGAUUUUGACUGAGUUCUUCGGGAUGGAGCCAAGGCGUACAAUGAAUGCAAGUGAAUGUGUUGCCAAAGGCUGUGCUUUACAAUGUGCUAUCCUUAGUCCUACAUUCAAAGUUCGGGAAUUCCAGGUCACCGAGAGCUUCCCAUUCCCCAUUUCUUUGUCAUGGAAAGCUCCUGCUGGAGAUACGCAAAAUGGAGCGGGUGAUAAUCUGCAGAGCACCAUUGUAUUCCCGAAGGGAAACCCAAUACCCAGCAUGAAAGCCUUGACUUUCUACAGGUCUGAGACCUUCACAUUAGAUGUACAAUAUGCUGAUGUUAGUGAGUUGCAAGCUCCAGCAAAGAUCAGCCAGUAUACGAUUGGACCAUUUCAGUCCAAAAAUGUUGAGAAGGCAAAAUUGAAAGUCAAAGUUCGUCUUAAUCUUCAUGGUAUCGUGACUGUUGAAUCUGCAACGCUGCUUGAAGAAGAAGAAGUACAAGUUCCAGUUGCUAAAGAGUCUGACAAAGAGCCUGCUAAAAUGGAGACUGAUGAAAUUCCUGCUGACCCUGCUCCAUGUGCGGCUGAUGUAAACAUGGAGGAUUCUAAAACUGACGUUCCUGCUACUGAAAAUGGUGUUCCAGAGUCUGGCGUUCAGAUGGAGACAGAUGUCAAGGUGGAGGCUCCAAAGAAGAAGGUUAACAAGAAAAAUGUGCCUGUGUCAGAAGUUGUAUUGGGAGCUCUUACUGCUCCGGAUGUGCAAAAGGCUGUGGAGAAGGAAUUCGAGAUGGCUUUGCAGGAUCGUGUCAUGGAGGAAACCAAAGACAAGAAGAAUGCCGUUGAGUCAUAUGUUUAUGAUAUGAGGAAUAAACUCCACGACAAGUAUCAUGAUUUCGUAACGGAUUCAGAGCGAGACCAAUUUAUUAUCAGACUCCAGGAGGUAGAAGACUGGUUAUAUGAGGACGGUGAAGAUGAAACCAAAGGUGUAUAUGUUUCCAAGCUUGAGGAGCUCAAGAAGCAAGGUGAUCCUAUAGAGGAGCGCUUCAAGGAGCACACGGAGAGGGGAUCUGUGAUAGACCAACUUGCUCGUUGCAUCAAUAGUUACAAAGAGGCAGCAAUAUCCAAUGACCCCAAGCUCGAGCAUAUUGAUGUGGCGGAGAAGCAAAAGGUUUUGAAUCAAUGCGUGGAAGCUGAAGCUUGGUUGAGAGAGAAAAAGCAGCAACAAGAUUCACUUCCAAAGCACGCAAACCCAGUUUUACUGAAGUCUGAAGUGAAGAAAAAGGCUGAAGCCAUCGAUAGGUUUUGCCGGCCAAUAAUGACGAAGCCAAAGCCAAAGCCAAAGCCAGCCACGCCAGAGCCAACCUCUCCAGCUCCAUCCCAAGGCAGUGAGUCUCAAUCUCAAGGGGAUAAUAAUGCUGGUUCCAGCCCUGGCCAAAACACGGAAGCAGGGGCCGGAGAAGAAGCUUCCACAGAGGCCAUGGAAAUGGACAAACCCGAGGAUUCUCAAAACGUGUGAUGCUUCGCUCAUUGGAAGCAGUCAAGGGCGUGUUCGAGUUUUUAAACGUUCCCCAAAUUUUUGUUGGUUUUGUGUAUGCAAAAUUUGCCUUAUUUUCAAGAAAUUACAUUUAAAUGUUUGGGCUCUUGUCUGAGGUGUGUGUAUGCAGUUUUUGUUUAUUUGAUGAUUGAUAACUGAUAGUAAUUAAUUGUGAGCUUGACUGGAGAUCAAAAUUCUUACUUUGUCCUA